AUUAUCAUCAUGUUCGCUAUCAUUGACAUAAUUGUCAUUACUAAAGCAAUCAUUAUUCUGUUGUUAGUUAUUAAAUAUGUGACUGAUAAAAUGUGUGUGUGUGUGUGUGUGUGUGUGUGUGUGUGUGUGUGUGUGUGUGUGUAAAAUUCACUUGGUCGAAAAAUCAAUAUAUUGCUCUGUUUGGUCUUAUCACGCAAUGUAACGUUUUUUUCUUUUAAUUACUGUUGGAACCUCGCAUUAGCACACUCCCAACAUACUGGACACAUCCCCAGACCUACACCUUGUACCUAUUAACUUAUGGGUUGACAUAGACCACUUAUAAAAAGAGACUCGACAACCGGCAUAAUUCCACCAGGGAAUCGACCCCGGAACUCUAAUGUUUGUGAGGCUGCACUACGUACCUUUCACUGUAUGUCUUUUUUUUCUAGUGCGCGAGUGCCCGCGUAUGUGUGUGUGUGUGUGUGUGUGUGUGUGUGUGUGUGUGUGUGUGUGUGUGUGUGUGUGUGUGUGUGUGUGUGUGUGUGUGUGUUUUAAUAGGUGAUCAUAAUUGAUAAGUUUUCAUCCCCAAAAUAAUAUAAAAUGUAAACCAAUAUUCUUUUCAUUUAAUGACUUUCUUUACUUUCAUACAAAUUAUUUUCAUUACAGGAUGUUUUUCUUCAAAUAUGAUACCUUUUUUUUAAUGCCAUCAACAUAGCAACGUCAGCAAAAUCAUAUAAAAUAUUGCCUUUCAACGUAAUCACCUCAUACUUUAAUCCAUUAACUAGAUAAAUUCUCAAAAAAGAAAUCGGGAGUGAAAAUUAUAUUGUAAUACUUUAACUAACCUUCCUACGUUUUUCUUCCCAUUUUCUAUAAACUCUCUCCGCCUCUGCCGACGAAUCGCCGACAUCUACGCUUCCUCUGCCCAACCGAUCCCGUGCCUUUAACAGACUGACAAUCACUGCCUCGUGUCCAAUGAACCUUCAGUAUUUCCCGAUGGAUCGUCAGCUCUGCAUCAUCGAAAUUGAAAGCUUCGGCUACAGCAUGGACCACAUUCGCCUUUCUUGGCACGCCGGAGAUAAAUCGGUGGUAAUAGAGUCGGAUGUCUCCCUGCCACAGUUUCGAGUCCUCGGCUACAAUAGAAAAACAAUUAUAUCAUCAACGUCGACAGGUAACUACUCACGACUUCUGUGUGAGAUCAUGUUCGUCAGAUCCAUGGGCUACUAUCUUAUCCAGAUAUAUAUUCCUUCCUCGCUCAUCGUGGUGAUAUCAUGGGUCUCCUUCUGGCUCAAUCGCUCAGCCACCCCUGCAAGAGUGUCCCUGGGAGUGACCACCGUGCUCACCAUGACUACCCUCAUGUCCUCCACCAACGCCGCCCUGCCUAAAAUAUCCUACGUCAAGUCAAUCGAUGUGUACCUUGGCACCUGUUUCGUCAUGGUUUUCGCCUCUCUCCUAGAAUACGCCGCCGUGGGCUACAUGGGGAAGAGGAUUCAGAUGAGAAGGACUCGUGUGCUGGCAAUGCAGAAGCUUGUGGAGCAGAGGAAGCAGCAGGUGGUGGAUCACUCCCACACCUCCCACGACCAACCGGAUCACAUGCCUAGGACAACAGAGGUCCGCUACAAACUACACGAUCCCAAGACCCACUCGAAGGGAGGAACACUUGAGAACACUAUCAACGGACGUGCAGACGAGGAGGCUCCCCCGCCCAUCGCCAACCUUCUCCCCCAUAAGGAUAUCAACAAGGGCCUCAACAAGCUGUAUGGUUGCUCACCGUCUGACAUCGACAAAUACUCUCGGAUCGUGUUUCCGGUAUGUUUCGUCUGCUUUAACCUCAUGUACUGGAUCAUCUACCUGCAUAUUUCCGACGACUCAACAGAAGAUCUAAUCCUACACAGUAGCGAGUGAGAAGGUGCCGUGGAAAGGAGACGAUGUACUAAACAAAGAAAAAGAAGUGCUGAUACUCAUUGUACAAAAAGUAAUAAUAAUACGAACAGUAAAAUAUACAUGAAAAAGAAUAAAGAUUCGAAAGAAAAUAAGAAAGACACAUACAUACGUUUCAUUAAAUUUAACAUAGGAAAUUGAAUGGAAUGGGUAUCCGUUACUCUACAGCAAGCGCUCACAUGCACACAUAUACAUGCAGGCGCAUAUACUAAGAUCGGCUUAUAUUUACAAUUACGUAAUUUUGCUACGUUAAUGUUUCCUUGUGAUUCGUAACAUUUUGGAACAGGCCCCCUCUUACACGAAGACUUGCAUACACACAAACGUACAUACAUAGUAAAUUAUAGUCUUUAACUUCUCUUACAUCUAUUAAUUACUGCCCUUGUUAUUAUUAUAAUAGAUCACAAUUGUUAUUGUAAUUGGUUUGGUGUUCUUUACGGUGCGGAUGCGUUUUAGUCAUGUGAUCGUUAUUUUUAUCAUUACUGUUAUUAUUAUUAUUAUUAUUAUUAUUAUUAUUAUUAUUAUUAUUAUUAUUAUUAUUAUUAUUAUUAUUAUUAUUAUUAUUAUUAUUAUUAUUAUUAUUAUUAUUAUUAUUAUUAUUAUUAGCAUCUUUUGGAUUGAUCGUAAGGAAUAGUUUGUAAUGUCUGAGAUAACAGCAUUUACAUUACUAUGACUUGUCUCAGGUUACGGUAAUUCUCAUGUAACUGUAUAACUGUAAUGCAGUGAUAAUCAUAACUACAAUUACCCCCUCUAACACUUUCUUCUAGUUAUAUUUCCCUGUUUUUUUUUUUUUUCUCACUAAUUUCCUGCUUUACUCGGUCUCCUCUUACCUGUUUCUUCCUGUUGUAUCUACUCUUCCUUUCCUCUUCCUCUUCUUCUUUCCCUCCUCUUCCCCGCCCCCCCCCCCCCCCCCUUUUUUCACGUCUCUUAGCCUUGUGUCGUGAGUUCAUUGGAGAGAAAUAUAUCUCUCGUUGCCACGCUUAAACUCGCUUCCUUCCACAUCUGAGAACUCAAGGCCCAAGGCUCGGACAAGGGUGGUUCACGCUCUAUAGAGAAGAUAAUACGAAAAAAGCUUGACACGGAACGAGGCCCGCCGCGGUGCAUGGAAAGAGGGCAGGAAGGGGAGGAGAGAAGAGUAUCCGAAUGAAGGAACGGAGGGAAGGAUAACACCGCGCCGGGCCAAGUAGCUUAAGAUAAUGGAGUUACGGAGUGGUGAUGACAGUCAUUACACAGUCACUCUUUCCACUUCCUUCUUGGAGUACUUUGUAUAGUGUGCGUGGCGGCUGUUGUUGCGGCUGAUGUUGUUGGUGCUGCUGCUGCCCUGUCUGUCAGCCAGCCAGUUAGUCAGCCAGCAGUCGCGUUUGUACUCUGAGAACGAACUUUGUACUAGACUAUCAAUAGCUCUUCAUCAUCGUUCUUACUUACUACUAGUAGGUCAUGUGUUGAUCCCUUUACGACCUUGUCUAGAGACCUCUAGACUGGGCUAUGUUUGUUUCCUACUCCUUCUCCUCCUCACCCUCCUACACGUGAUCCUUUCCUUUUAUCUCCAGUCCUCGCCCUCGUCCUCUACUUUCUUCAUUUCUCACUUUUUUUCAAGAAGCUUUCCUGUACAAAGGCCACCCACCGAUCUGCUCACCACACAACCGUUGCUGUUUUCAGGCUAACACGAGUGACAUGUCUUUCAAGUGUCUGUUUGCCCCGGGGUACUCAUAACCGGGUUGACUACUAUUGCAGUAGCGGAGUUGCCUGUCGAGACUUCGUUUAUAUGCACACUACAUCCCCUCGAUGGUGAUUUUUAUGUUGUAGGCCCAAAGAGAUUUCUUGGCGGGAUCUCUUUGAUGUGAUAAGUAGAUUUCUGAGUUUCAUGACCCAUUACGUGGCGUUCACGAGUUACUGGGUACUGCAAGGAUAUCACGGGACAGACGUGUCAUUUACCAGAGAGCUACUAAUACUGAGAUGUAUAAUAUAUAAAUAGAUAAACCUAUAAAUACUAUAUGACUUUUGUACGAAACUACUACCACUACAACUACUACUACAACUACUACUACAACUACUACUACUACUACUACUACUACCACUACUACAACUACUACUACUACUACCAAUACUUCUACUACUGCCUCUACUACUACUUCUACUACUACUACUACUACUACCACUAUUGCUACUACUACUAACGGGCCGCGGCGGAGUCGAUGGGCUGGGCAUCAAGACGUGUCCGAAGUGCUAAUUGUGAUAAACUUGAUAGUGAGGCGAGUGUUGGUAAGCCGCCUCGCCCCGAAUGUCUCUCGCAGCUCCCCGCCUGCCUCCCAAUGCCCGCUCACCUCUGAGGCACUGCUUGAAUGCGGUACUUCACCUUGCUGUCGGCGGCUCCCCACCCUCCCGGUGAACCCCUCUACACACCCAACCCCCAACUAGACCAUCCCCACCCCAUCCUACCCUGCUACGGUGUGGUGUGUGUCCCCCCCCCCCCCUUCUCCUCACAUAUAACUUAUCUUGUGAUACGUCGACAGCCUCAGGACGCUGCAGUGUGUGUGUACAGUGAAACGCGUUGUUUGGAGUCCUUCUUAUCUAUAUACAUGGUGCCUCAAGGCGUCGACCACCACCACCACCACCAUCACCGCCACAACCUUAACAUCAGCUACAGCAGCAACAACUGCAAUAUCGUCGUCCUCACAGCUACCGCCGUCGCCGCCGCCGCCACCGCUGCCAUCAUCAUCAUCAACAACAGCAGCCAGGACUCCUUCACGUUCCCUGGAAUCCACCACUACCACUUCUCACCACCACCACCACAACCACCAUUCCCCCACCACACUUGGCACACACACGCCCAAAACAGCCAUUAUUUCAGCGUGUGAUCGCCCUAGAUUUAUAUACAGGAGAGGACACAGAAUAAUAUAUUUACCGCGCGCCUCCUGCACCACCACCCUCCCCGCAGCCCCUGUUCCCUGCCGCAAUAGAUCCCUUGUCCUGGAGUAAGAGUUUGUUACGCCUUAAACUUUUGUACACUGCGCGAGCCAGGAAGGGCCGGGAGGGAAUGGGGGGUCCCUGGGUGGCGUUUCAGGAUGUGCCCGCAAGCAAACAGUCGCUUGAUGUGUGUUAUGAACGCCUCAAGCAUCUAUGUUCAUCGCUUUGUACCGCUUGAAGAUAUAUAGCAUACAUACGCUAAUGAUAAUAACUAGAGUACUUUGCGUUACUGGUCAAUGAGUAACUCAAUAACUUGGGGCGGAAAGUUCGGGAUAUACGCGGUCGCUUAUACCUACGUGUCUCUGCUGCCUGACACUGACCGCACCAAACUAGGCAAAUCCAUCUUAAAAAAAAAAAAUAAUAAUACCGCUAAAUUUCUCAUCACUUUCCUCAGACCGACCAGGCAGUUCGGUUUAUUUACAUUAGUUAAAAACUUCAAGAAAAAAAAGAUCGAGGUCAAGAAUUUAAAGUCUUGUCAACUAAAGGUGUACGAUAUGAGAAGGUACACGACAUUUUAAUUUCCCGUUCAGCAGAGGAGCGGACGUCAUUAGCUGAUCUCACCAGCCUGUCCGCUAUUUAUACAGAAGCAGGUCACCAGUUCGUUCUUCUGUUAAGCCUAAUUUGUCCUGGGGCUCAGUGUCAGCGCUCUUCACUUUGUACAUAGCUUUUAGGGUACCAUGUUAAGGCUAUCGAGUUUAUUUUGCAUGAAAUUUUCAUCCAUUUUUCGUCUUUCUUUCACGAUUAUAUCCCAGUUUUACGUUGUCUAUGCAUGAUUUACUUGUUUUUCGUCGCUUAGACCUGAUAUUUAAUUGUCUUCCUGUCCAACAUCAUCACUUAUAUCAUGAAUAUCGAUAACUGUCAAAAUCAUUAUUAUUAUUAUUACUAUUAUUAUUAUUAUUAAUAUUAUUAUUAUUAUUAUUAUUAUUAUUAUUAUUAUUAUUAUUAUUAUUAUUAUUAUUAUUAUUAUUAUUAUUAUUAUUAUUAUUAUUAUUAUUAUUAUAAUUAUUUUUAUUAUUAU